AUGCCAUUUAUACCACACACUCCCGAAUCGCUGCUCUCACUUGCGCGCUCCGACUCGAAAAACCCAGCGACAACAUGCCGGGGAAUUACAUCGAAUGGACGACCAUGCCGGCGCUCACUAGCCGCGUCCUCGACGCCGGGACAAAAGAAUGGAUCCGUGUCGCCAGGCCGUGGCACGAGUCCAGGUGCAAAGGGAUCCAGCAACGAGAAAAAUCUCAGCAAGGGCGUCUUGGCAGUGCUAUCGAACGGCACUGGCAAUGGCGUUGAUGCCGAAGACGUCGCGGCAUUCUUUUGCUGGCAGCACAAAGAUCAAGCCGCACAGUACGCGCAGCGUCUUGCAGAGACGUACGGAUCUCAGACACGUCCUGGCAAAAAGCCAGGCAAGCAUGCUUCUUCUUAUUCUGCAGCAAACGGGAAUAAACCGCCCAAGAUGGUCCCAGUUCACCAGCGCACGAGCAUAGAUACGUUGAUUGAGCGAAUCCAUGGCGUGGAUAUCAGCGAUGGCGGCGCGCAUCGGCCGCAGACAAACGGAACUCAGAAUCAUCACCAGCGACCGAGUAAAUCUUUGUCCUCUUCUUGGGAAAAACCAAGUACUUCUAGACCACCGCGACCUUCAAAUUCAGCCAAUACGCAAAACAAUGCCCAUCGACCUUCGAAACCUCAAUCCCACGGCUUGUUGUCAAUUCUAUGCUGCAUCUUAUCAGACAAACACUACGACGAACCUGCACCAAGACCCAGCUCACGGCCCAGCUCACGACCGCAUCAACCUCAAAACCAGAACCAUCAUGCCCCAACAAGCAAGCCUCCGCAACCACAGCACUACCACACCAAGCCAUCACACUCAUCCCACCCCCCGCGGCCUGACAUCCAACACAUGCCCUCCUCUCAAACCGAGCACUACCUGUCCUUUAUCCCGCGCACUCUCCCCCCGCAAACGGCAUCUUUACUUCUCAGCGAAAUCGCAAAACCCAUUUCCCCAAACGACGAAGACGGGUACAUCUACAUUUUCUGGCUCACAAACGGAGAGUCCCAUACUCCUAGUGGUGCAGCAGCCCAGGGUCCUGCUCAGUCCCGAAGAAAAGCUCAACAGUCGGCAAAAACAAUCCUUCUUAAAAUCGGCCGCGCGAAAAACGUUCAUCGCCGCAUGAACGAGUGGUCCCGACAAUGCAACUACGAUCUCACGCUUGUGCGAUACUAUCCGUAUGUUCCUACCACUGGGUCUGCGGAUUUACUUCCUCCUCCGUCUUUUCCUCCGUCAUCUUCCCGAUCCAUGUCUCGCUCGGAUCCAGGCCUGUCGUCUGCUCCUCGUCACAAUCCCGAUCACGAUCACGACCCUUAUUCCUAUCCAUAUCCUUAUACACCUACCCCAUCAGGGCAAGUCAAUCCGUCUGAUCCGUCGUCACUAUUCGCCCCUCUCUUUUCGGUGAAUACUCCAUACGCGUCCCCUGCUUCCUCGCCUUACUAUCCUCCCCCUCAUUCUUCUCCGUACUUUUCUCCCUCUCCUUACCCCCCAUCCUCGAACAUUCCAAGCUCGUCCCCGUCUUUCGCCGCCUACAACACCUCUCCCUAUACCUCCCCUCCUCCUCCUCCGCCGCCGCCGCCAGACGGCCCCCUAGAACGAAGCUACGUCGACGCAACAUCCUCCUCCCCUUCCGCCACCGCGAAUGCCCUGUCCUCUGGCACUUCCACUUCCAAUUCCAAUAAAGUCCCACACGCACACCGCGUCGAGCGGCUGAUCCACAUCGAGCUCGGGGCCCAGCGCGUCACGAACCGCGGCGCGUGCGCACAAUGCGGGCGCGAGCACCGCGAGUGGUUCGAAGUCGAGGCGUCGCGGGACGGACUGAGGCGCGUGGAUGAGGUGAUACGGCGGUGGGUGCGGUGGGCGGAGGGUACGGUGGCUUAG